UUAACUGACGUGAUGAGCUCUGACCAGAGCUAGUCUGGCCUAAGUCUCUCACUGUGAGCUUCUCUGCCAGGUGCCAAUCACCUUUCUCUUCGUUUUAUGUUAAAUGAAAGCUAAGAGCGCCACGGUGCAUUAUCCUCCAGUGGAAUCAUCCUUUGAAAACUAUUGCCAGAGCGAACAAUGCAAGUAAAAAUUUGCCCAUCAUGUCAACAGAAUCUGUGGAAAUUGAUGAUGCAUUAUACAGUCGACAGAGAUAUGUUCUUGGGGACACAGCAAUGCAGAAGAUGGCCAAGUCCCAUGUUUUCUUAAGUGGUAUGGGCGGUCUUGGUUUGGAAAUUGCAAAGAAUCUUGUUCUUGCAGGGAUUAAGGCACUUACAAUCCAUGAUACAGAAAAAUGCCAAGCAUGGGAUCUAGGAACCAACUUCUUUCUCUGCGAAGAUGAUGUUGUGAAUGGUAGAAACAGGGCUGAAGCUAUACUUUACCGUAUUGCAGAACUAAAUCCAUAUGUUCGCGUCACAUUAUCUUCAGUACCUUUCAAUGAAUCCACAGAUCUCUCCUUUUUACAUAAAUACCAGUGUGUGGUGGUGACUGAGAUGAAACUUACAUUGCAGAAGAAGGUCAAUGAGUAUUGCCGUUCUCAUUACCCUCCAAUUAAGUUCAUCAGUGCAGAUGUACAUGGAAUUUGGUCACGGUUGUUUUGUGAUUUUGGUGAGGAAUUUGAAGUUUCAGAUACUACUGGAGAAGAACCAAAAGAAAUUUUCAUUUCAAAUAUAACGCAAGCUAAUCCUGGCAUUGUCACUUGCCUUGAAAAUCAUCCCCACAAACUUGAGACAGGACAGCUUCUAACAUUUCGAGAAGUUAAUGGAAUGACAGGUUUAAAUGGAUCUACACAACAAAUAACUGUGGUAUCACCAUUUUCUUUUAGUAUUGGUGAUACUACAGAACUGGAACCAUAUUUACAUGGAGGCAUAGCUGUACAAGUUAAAACUCCUAAAACAUUUUGCUUUGAACCAUUGGAGAAGCAGAUAAAACAUCCAAAGUGCCUUAUUGCGGAUUUUAGCAAACCUGAGGCACCUUUACAGAUUCACACAGCUAUGCUUGCAUUGGACCAGUUUCAGGACAACUACAACCGAAAGCCAAAUAUUGGAUGCCAACAAGAUUCAGAAGAGCUGUUGAAACUAGCAACAUCUAUAAGUGAAACCUUGGAAGAGAAGCCUGAAGUAAAUGCUGAUAUUGUACAUUGGCUUUCUUGGACUGCUCGAGGCUUUUUAUCCCCACUUGCUGCAGCAGUAGGUGGUGUUGCCAGCCAAGAAGUAUUGAAAGCUGUGACAGGAAAGUUUUCUCCUUUGUGCCAGUGGUUAUAUCUUGAAGCAGCAGACAUUGUCGAAUCCUUAGGCAAACCUGAAUGUGAAGAAUUUCUCCCACGGGGAGAUAGAUAUGAUGCCUUAAGAGCCUGCAUUGGAGAUACUUUGUGUCGAAAGCUACAGAAUUUGAAUGUCUUUUUAGUAGGAUGUGGAGCCAUAGGCUGUGAAAUGUUAAAAAAUUUUGCUUUACUUGGUGUUGGCACAGACAAGGAGAAGGGAAUGGUUACAGUUACAGAUCCUGACUUGAUAGAAAAAUCCAACUUAAAUCGACAGUUCCUAUUUCGUCCUCAUCACAUACAGAAACCUAAAAGCUAUACCGCUGCUGAUGCAACUAUGAAAAUAAAUCCUCAGUUAAAGAUAGAUGCACACCUGAACAAAGUAUGUCCGGCCACUGAGACCAUUUACAGUGAUGAGUUUUAUACUAAACAAGAUAUAAUUAUUACAGCAUUAGAUAAUGUGGAAGCCAGGAGAUAUGUAGACAGCCGUUGCUUAGCAAAUCUACGGCCUCUCUUAGAUUCUGGAACAAUGGGCACUAAGGGACACACUGAAGUUAUUAUUCCUCACUUGACUGAAUCUUAUAAUAGUCAUCGAGAUCCCCCAGAAGAGGAAAUACCAUUUUGUACCCUAAAAUCCUUUCCAGCUGCUAUCGAACACACUAUACAGUGGGCAAGAGAUAAGUUUGAGAGUUCCUUUUCACACAAGCCUUCAUUGUUUAACAAAUUUUGGCAAACCUAUCUAUCGGCAGAAGAAGUCUUACAGAAAAUACAAAGUGGGCAGAGUUUAGAAGGCUGUUUUCAAGUCAUUAAGUUACUUACUAGAAGACCUAGAAAUUGGUCCCAGUGUGUAGAAUUAGCAAGAUUAAAGUUUGAAAAAUAUUUUAACCAUAAGGCUCUUCAGCUUCUUCACUGUUUUCCUCUGGACACACGAUUAAAAGAUGGCAGUUUAUUUUGGCAGUCACCAAAGAGACCACCUUCUCCAAUAAAAUUUGAUUUGAAUGAACCUUUGCACCUCAGUUUCCUUCAGAAUGCUGCAAAACUAUAUGCUACAGUAUAUUGUGUUCCAUUUUUAGAAAAGGACUUGUCAACAGAAGCCCUUUUGAGUAUUCUUUCAGAAGUAAAGAUUCAGGAAUUCAAACCUUCCAACAAGGUUGUUCAAACAGAUGAAACCGCAAGGAAACCAGAUCAUGUUCCAAUUAGUAGUGAAGAUGAGAGGAAUGCUAUUUUCCAACUAGAAAAGGCUAUUUCAUCUAAUGAAGCUACCAAAAGUGACCUUCAGAUGGCAGUGCUUUCAUUUGAAAAAGAUGAUGAUAGUAAUGGACACAUAGAUUUCAUCACAGCUGCAUCCAAUCUUCGUGCCAAAAUGUAUAGCAUUGAACCAGCUGACCGUUUCAAAACAAAGCGCAUAGCUGGUAAAAUUAUACCAGCUAUAGCUACAUCCACUGCUACGGUUUCUGGCUUGGUUGCCUUGGAGAUGAUCAAAGUAACUGGUGGCUAUCCUUUUGAAGCUUACAAAAAUUGUUUCCUUAACUUAGCCAUUCCAAUUAUAGUAUUUACAGAGACGUCAGAAGUAAGAAAGACUGAUAUCAGAAAUGGAAUAUCAUUUACAAUUUGGGACAGAUGGACUGUACAUGGAAAAGAAGAUUUCACACUCUUGGAUUUCAUAAAUGCAGUUAAAGAGAAGUAUGGAAUUGAGCCAACAAUGGUGGUACAAGGAGUAAAAAUGCUCUAUGUUCCUGUAAUGCCUGGUCAUGCAAAAAGAUUAAAGUUAACAAUGCACAAACUGGUGAAACCUUCUACUGAAAAAAAAUAUGUGGAUCUUACUGUAUCAUUUGCCCCAGACAUUGAUGGAGAUGAAGAUUUGCCAGGACCUCCUGUAAGAUACUACUUUAGUCAUGACACUGAUUAAUAGAAGUUGUCUUAAAGUUCCUCCAAGACUACUUGAUUUUGGAAAGAGUGCACUUAAUUCAGAAGCUAAAAAAAAAUCAGCUUAUAAUAUUAUGGAUUUCUCUUUGAUGAAGCCUUAAUUUAAGGGAAACAUCAGUAGAAAACUACACCGAAGAAUUAUGAAACAUUUUGUAUACUGUACACUUGUCUAAUGCUUCACACGUGGCUGUGAUCACAAGCAAUUGUAAACUGGAAUACCAUUUUAUAAUACUUACAACAAAUUGGUGUAUUAAGCUUUCUGGAUGAAAAGAAGGAACAAAGUAUUUGUGACCAGAAGAGGAAAGAAUCAAGAAAUGGAAAGUAGUGAACGCAGCCAUCCAAAAGUUUAAUUCUACUUUAUAAAUUUAUUUUUUUGUUUAGUAUCUGAGAUCCGUUUUUCAAUACAAAUAGUGUUUAGCACCCUGCACCUCUUAUACAAUUAGGCUUUUGAAAAUUUAAUACCAUGGUGAGAAGAGAGAUUGUAGUGGUAGAGAAAAGAGUUAGAAAUUUUAAAUUGUGUAUAGUUUAGUAUCCUGUUACCCCUGCUAGUUUAAACAGAAUUUAUUAUAUCACUGUCUCCCCAAAAUCAGGAUUUUUGUUGAUGUCAUCAGUGUUGUAAACCAUGAGCAAAUGGUCAAAUGACACAUGUUAACUUGAAAUAAAUGUUAAUAGUAUUAUACAGACUCUUGACAGCCCUCUUAGAAAAUCCAUGAAUGUGAACAGAUAAAUGUGGCUAAUCAUUUGAUUUUUAAAUAUACCUUCUAAUGUGGGUAUUUUAUUUAUUUGGAACUCCAAACUUGAUUGUCAUAAUAUAUAAGACUAAAAGGUUUUGUAAAGGGAGUGUUAGAAAUUAAAAAAAUCAUCACUAGUAGAGUCUUGAUUUUUUUUCUUCCAGCAACCUAAUGGAGAGAAAAAAUAUUUUUGCUUUAAAAGGAAACAUGUUGUUUUAUUCCCCAUUCCCAGAAAGGGAACUGACAAGGAUAAAAAAAAAAUAAAUUAUUUUUUUAAGUCUUUAUCAAGAAAAACUUGUUUUCUAUGGCAGAUGUUCAUAUAAAUGCUUUCAUUAAAAUGAUGUAAUAGUUCUCAACACUGUAAACUCAGUGAAAACAGCAAGUGAUUCUUUUAUUACUAAGACUAUCAUGCAUUCUAAAGCAACUGGCAUUUUAUAACCUCAGGAAGUCAUUUCCUCUAGCCCUUUUUCUUCUACUCUACUCUCCUGUUCACCAAAGUACCAUUAAUAGGUACUUUGAUAAACUAGAAACUAGAUUCACAUCAAUAUUGCUCCAGUUUGGUAUCUCUGUAUACUCUGUAUUUAUUUUCCUUUUCCAUUUAUAAAUAGUUUAAAUUGCUUUAUCACCCAGAUAUUUUGUUUCCUUUUAUAAAGGUAUCCAAUUGGAAAAUGUAUUUGGGAGUGGAAAGUGCAUUUGAUUAGUUAAAUGAUAAUCUAUUCAUUGGGAGAUAGAGAAAAAUAAAGAAUGAGUUUUAAGGAAAAGGUACCAUUGAAAUGAGCAAUUUUUGUUCACCAUGCACUAUAUUCUCCAAUUUUCUGAAAAUUCAUCUUAUAUAAAUUUGAAUCCAGAAAUACCAAGGCUGUAUGGCUUGGAACUUUAGAGAGUAGGAAUUAAAGGACUUUUGUGUAAGAAGCCUUUUUUCCACUUUUACGUUGUCUUAUGUUCUUUGACAGUAAUUGCUGUUUUCCAGGUAGCCAUUCAGCAAUCCUCAGUAUGAUCAAAUGUCAGCUUGCUAAUAUUUUACUUAAGUCAUCUCAUCUCUUUAGAAGUAAAUUCAGAACUAUGCUAUAAAUUGUUAUGUAUAGACAUCUGUGCUGUAGCCAACAUAAACAAAAUCAGUGAGGAUAAAGUUCAUUUUGUAAUUAAACCCACAGCCAUUUCAUUAUUACUUUUUUUUUCCCUGUAGGUAAUAGCUAUUAACAUCCUUUCUUCUAGUUAAUUCUACACUAGAAAGCCAGGGUGAAGUAAAUGACAAUUUUUCUCAUUGUUUUGUUUAUGUACCAUGAAAUCACUGUUGGUGAUUGAAAUACCAGGUGCAAAAAUGAUUUUGUACAAUUUCACUGAAUAAUUUUUUGUUUAUUAAAAAUAAAUUAAGAAA